AUGUCGGAGCUCUUGGAGACGUACUCCAAGUGCAUCGGGAAUGUGAUGAUCACCGAAGACAUCGCUAAUGUCUUCAACAGUCCGGAGCUGUCCGAAGAGGAUAAGCAGUUACUGAAUCUCUACUACCAUUCCCUCGUCGAUAGCAAUAGAGUCGAUGUGGACAUGAAUCUGAUCUGCCAUUUGAUUCAUUUCAUUAUCACUAACGAUCACAAUCUGUUCCCAAUGCAAGCCAAUGGGUCGAUACUGGUAUUCCUCGCCGGUUAUGACGAGAUAAUGAAACUGAGGGAACGGAUAAUGAGUGAUACGAAGAGAUUUGAUGCCAACAAAUACGCGUUGUUUACGCUGUACUCACAGAUGCCUCACAACGAUCUCAAACGAGUCUUCCGACGCAUUCCUCCGGAAAUCCGCAAAAUUAUUUUGUCGACAAAUAUCUCCGAAACCAAUAUAUCUAUCGAUGACGUGGUGUUUGUCAUCGAUUCCGGGAAAGUGCGCCAAAAGGUGUUCGACGCGAGGACUGGAUUCUCGUAUCACGUGUUGAAGUGGAUCUCGAAGACGAAUGCCAUUCAGCGGCGAAGUCGUGCCAAUCGUCUCAAACCCGGCGUUUGCUUCCAUCUGUACGACAAGAAUCGGUUCAAUCGUUUCGAUGAAUACCCGGUGGCGGACAUCAACCGGAUGUCUAUCUAUGAGCUCUGCCUACAGACCAAACUCUUGGCGCCAAACGAUGUAUCGAUCGCCGACUUCUUGAUGAAGGCGUUGAAGUCGCCAUCGAUUGAGACAAUUAGGAAAUCCGUACAACUCUUGAAGACUAUCGACGCCUUGGAAGCGAACGAACAGUUGACUCAAUUGGGACUCCAUUUACUGGAUCUCCCGAUUGAACCAAAUUUAGGGAAAAUGCUUUUGUAUUCAGUUGUACUCAAGUGCUUGGAUCCGGUGCUCACCAUCGUGUGCUCGCUAUCCUAUCUCGUUGUGCCGCAAUCGCAGGCCUCCCGGCGCCGCACGGCGUUCGCUAUGCGUAAGAAGCUGUCGGCCAAGACGUUGAGCGAUCACAUGAUACUGUUGAGGGGUUUCCAGAACUGGCAAAAAGCCAAACACGACGCCUGUGAGCGCCAGUUCUGCGACCAGAACUUCAUCUCCUCGGCGGCGAUGGAGAUGAUCGUCAACGCGAGGGCCCAACUCUUGGGUCAGCUCAGGGCCUCGGGCUUCGUGAGGGCGCGCGGGGCGGGAGAUAUACGCGAUCUGAACACCAAUUCCGAUGACUGGGCGGUCGUGAAGGCCGCCCUCUGCGCCGGCGGCUACCCAUACAUAGUCCGUGUGGACAGAGAGCGCCAGAAGCUGGUGACCAGCGAUGAGGUGGGCGUCCGCUUCCACCCGAACUCUGUGCUCAACACGUGUUCACUGAAGGAAAGUAUCGACAAAAGUCGGGCCCAACUCUUGGAUACACUGCCCACCGAUUGGCUGCUGUUUAAUGCGAUGACCAAAACCGGCAAAACCUGUUUCGUCGAGUGCUGUACUGUCGUCUCUCCCAUCACUAUAGCGCUAUUCGCCGGCAACAUCCAGACCCCCAUCGACUCGUAUUUGUCUAAUCUCUGGAAACCCCGUUUCGAUAACAUCGAGAGCGACAGCGAGAGUGAGGGGUCGACCGAUAAGGAGAAGUUUGUGUUCAAAGUGGACAACUGGUUGGCGUUCAAACUGGACCCCCGGGUCGCCAACUAUACGCUACAGUUGCGCCAGAAGUGGAACUCCUUGUUCUUCCGGCGCAUGUGUUCGCCGUCGAAGCCGAUGACGCCGUCCGACGAGAUUAUCAUCAAAACCAUUGUCGAGGUGUUGACCACUGAGGAGCAGAAUCUGGGUCUACAACAGCCGGUGGGCAUCGGUCAGAGACCCCGUCCCAUGAGUACCGACUUCUGCCCCCCUGUGAGCAACGUUCCCCUCUAUAGUCCCCUGAAUAAGGGUUCGCUGCAAACCGGUAGGCAAUCCCGUGUCAGCCCCCACUCACAGCAACAGCUAUUUCGCGGCCAUUACUGA